CUGUCCUUGGCGCUGAUAGCACGCAUGCGCUCUACUCAGGCGCUAGGCGUACCACAAGUGGCGCCGGGGGCGUUAAUUCUGCUGUCAGUCGACAGUUUUAUUCACCGUUUCAAGAUUUUUGUAGAUAUUCAGCAACAAUGACAGACUCCAAGUAUUUCACAACCACGAAGAAAGGUGAACUGUUUGAGCUCAAAUCAGAGUUGAACAAUGACAAGAAGGAAAAGAAAAAAGAAGCAGUCAAGAAGGUGAUUGCUUCUAUGACUGUGGGUAAGGAUUUGUCCGCACUCUUUCCCGACGUAGUGAAUUGCAUGCAGACGGAUAACUUGGAGCUAAAAAAGCUAGUGUACUUGUAUCUGAUGAACUAUGCUAAAAGUCAGCCCGACAUGGCCAUCAUGGCUGUCAACACCUUUGUCAAGGAGCUAGCGACAUCUCCGAUGACAAAGGACUGCGAGGACCCGAAUCCCCUCAUCCGGGCACUGGCUGUACGUACCAUGGGCUGCAUCCGAGUGGAUAAGAUAACCGAAUAUCUCUGCGAACCUCUGCGAAAGUGUUUGAAAGAUGAGGAUCCAUACGUUCGUAAGACAGCAGCUGUUUGUGUCGCCAAGUUGUAUGACAUUAACGCAUCUCUUGUCGAAGAUCAAGGAUUUCUGGAUCAGCUUAAGGAUCUUUUGUCAGACAGCAACCCCAUGGUUGUGGCAAAUGCGGUGGCAGCGCUAUCUGAAAUAAAUGAAGCCAGUCCUAGCGGCCAACCAUUGGUGGAGAUGAAUGCGCAAACCAUCAAUAAAUUGCUGACAGCCUUGAAUGAGUGUACUGAAUGGGGCCAAGUCUUCAUUCUUGAUUCACUGGCCAAUUAUUCACCAAAAGAUGAUCGCGAGGCCCAAAGUAUUUGUGAAAGAAUUACCCCACGACUCGCUCAUGCAAAUGCAGCCGUAGUUUUGUCUGCAGUCAAGGUUUUGAUGAAGCUUAUGGAAAUGUUGCAAUCUGAGUCUGAUUUUGUUGGAACACUUACUAAAAAAUUAGCACCACCAUUGGUCACUCUUCUGAGUUCUGAGCCUGAAGUUCAAUAUGUUGCUCUUAGAAACAUUAAUUUGAUCGUUCAAAAAAGACCAGAUAUAUUGAAACAUGAAAUGAAAGUAUUCUUUGUCAAGUAUAAUGACCCUAUCUAUGUAAAACUGGAAAAACUGGACAUCAUGAUCAGAUUGGCUUCCCAAGCAAAUAUUGCUCAAGUUUUAUCCGAAUUAAAAGAAUAUGCGACUGAAAUAGACGUAGACUUUGUAAGAAAAGCAGUCAGAGCUAUUGGUCGUUGUGCUAUCAAAGUUGAGCCCUCUGCUGAACGCUGCGUCUCGACUCUCCUGGAUUUGAUCCAAACGAAAGUGAAUUACGUGGUACAAGAAGCUAUCGUUGUAAUCAAAGACAUAUUCCGAAAAUAUCCCAACAAAUACGAAAGUAUUAUUUCAACCCUCUGUGAAAACUUGGAUACUCUUGAUGAGCCUGAAGCUAGAGCUUCCAUGAUCUGGAUAAUUGGAGAAUAUGCGGAGAGAAUCGACAAUGCUGACGAGUUGCUAGAAAGUUUUCUUGAAGGAUUCCACGAUGAAAACACACAGGUUCAGCUCCAGUUGCUCACCGCGAUCGUAAAGCUAUUCUUAAAAAGGCCAACUGAUACUCAAGAGUUGGUGCAGCAAGUACUUAGCUUAGCUACCCAAGAUUCUGACAAUCCAGAUUUGAGAGAUCGUGGAUUUAUCUACUGGCGAUUACUCAGCACAGAUCCAGCAGCUGCCAAAGAAGUAGUAUUAGCUGAGAAGCCACUCAUUUCUGAAGAAACAGAUCUCUUGGAACCAGCACUUUUAGAUGAACUAAUUUGCCAUAUAUCCAGUCUCGCUUCUGUCUAUCAUAAGCCACCUACAGCCUUUGUAGAAGGAAGAGCGGCCGGAGCCCGAAAGUCACUUCCAGCUAGAAGCAACUCCAACGAAGAAACCGUCCAACGUACUUCUCAACCUCAAUCUCAAGUUAUACCUGCCCAGGACUCUCUGAUCGGAGAUCUUCUUAGUAUGGAUAUUGGUGGUCCAGGUGCAGUCGCACCUCCGCCAACUACACAGGCUGGCUUAAGUCUGGAUUUGUUGGGAGGAGGUCUUGAUAGUAUUUUAGGUUCUGUUGACCCUGUCGGCCCUCCUGCAGUAUCUCAAACUACCACAGGACUUUUGGGCGAUAUAUUUGGAUUCAGUCAAGCACCCACGUCAUAUAUACCACCAAAAGUCAACUGGCUGCCGGCUGAAAAAGGAAAAGGUUUUGAUGUUUGGGGAACAUUCUCCAGGAAAAAUGGACAAAUAAGCAUGGAUAUGAUCUUUUCUAACAAAGCAAUGCAACCUAUGGGAGGAUUCGCAAUUCAACUGAAUAAAAACAGUUUUGGUCUAACACCAGCUGCACCAUUACAAAUUGCAGGGCCACUAAAUCCAGGUGCUAGUAUUGAAACAAAUAUUAUCCUGUCAACGGCUGGCGCUGUGCAGCGUAUGGACCCAUUAAAUGAUCUUCAAGUUGCUAUGAAGAACAAUAUUGGCAUUUUUUAUUUUGCUUGUCUUGUACCCAUGAACGUUUACUUCACUGAAGACGGACAAUUGGAUAAAAGGAUUUUUUUAUCCACUUGGAAAGACAUACCAGCUCAGAAUGAGGUACAAUACACGCUUACUGGUGUUAUGUUGACCGCUGAUCAGGUAGUACAGAAGAUGCAACAAAACAACGUUUUCACUAUUGCUAAACGGAACGUCGAAGGGCAAGAUAUGCUUUAUCAAUCUCUCAAACUGACCAACAAUGUAUGGGUCCUAAAUGAGCUCAAAAUUCAACCGGGCAAUCCUAAUGUAACCUUGUCGUUGAAGUCACGAUCCGUCGAGGUAGCUGGAGGAGUUUUUGCUGCUUAUGAUGCAAUUUUGCAUUCGUGAAUACCAACGCCAUUCCAAAUCCUAAAGUUCCCCGUUAUGAAUCUUAUUAUUGAUGAUUAAUAAAAUAAUUGUAAUGAAUGCGUAAUAUAGAUAUCUUAUACGACUGUUCAAAUUUUUCAAAUCUUGUGUUUUACUAAAAUUUUUAUUGCCACUAAAUUGUCGUCAUAUCUUUAGAUCAUAUGUGCAGAAAAAUUGUUCCCAGUUAUGAGUAAUCAUUUUAAAUGACGUACUCUGUUUAAUAAUUCGUAAACAGAAGUGAUACACAACAUUUGAAUGAGCUAUUGGAGUAGGUAUACAUGAUUGUUUUCAAAUAGCCACAAAAAUUUAUCGAUUGUAGGCUACAUGAUGUAUAAUAAUGAAAUGAGAAAAUAUGAUAUAUAAACUAAUAA